UACAAAUCCCAGCAUGCAUUACUAAGCACUUGACUUGCUGCCAUACAAAGGUCUCAAGUUUGUUGCUCCCACCGGGUUCCGGAGAACGCCGUCAGCUCGCUGCUUAAAAUUAAAACACAGGUUCCGUUAUGGGUCGACUUGAUGGGAAAGUCAUCAUCCUGACGGCCGCUGCUCAGGGGAUUGGCCAAGCAGCUGCCAUAGCUUUUGCAAGAGAAGGUGCCAAAGUCAUAGCCACAGACAUUAAUGAGUCCAAACUUCAGGAACUGGAAAAGUACCCAGGUAUUCAAACUCGUGUCCUCGAUGUCACAAAGAAGAAACAAAUUGAUCAGUUUGCCAAUGAAAUUGAGAGACUUGAUGUUCUCUUUAAUGUUGCUGGUUUUGUCCAUCAUGGAACUGUCCUGGAUUGUGAGGAGAAAGACUGGGACUUCUCGAUGAAUCUCAAUGUGCGCAGCAUGUACCUGAUGAUCAAGGCAUUCCUUCCUAAAGUAAGACCACCACCACCACCACCAGGCACAGCUGAUCUGAGCCAUCAGCAAGAAGUCAAGUUGAAGGACAAGGACAGCAGUGCAAAAUGUGGAUUGUGUCAUAAUCUGGCAGAGUUGGAUCUAACCUUUCCUCCACCCUCAGGAGUUGUGAACAGAUGUGUGUACAGCACAACCAAGGCAGCUGUGAUCGGCCUCACAAAGUCUGUGGCUGCAGACUUCAUCCAGCAGGGCAUCAGGUGCAACUGUGUGUGCCCCGGAACGGUUGAUACCCCAUCUCUACAAGAAAGAAUACAAGCCAGAGGAAAUCCUGAAGAGGCACGGAAUGAUUUCCUGAAGAGACAGAAGACAGGAAGAUUUGCAACGGCAGAAGAAAUAGCCAUGCUCUGUGUGUAUUUGGCUUCUGAUGAAUCUGCUUAUGUAACUGGUAACCCUGUCAUCAUUGACGGAGGCUGGAGCUUGUGAUUUCAGGAUUUCUGUGGUGGGAAGGAAGGCAGCCCCUUCCUGUCUGCGGUGAAUCUGGUUAUGAAGAAAACUCGCCAAUCAUCUCUUUCCUAUUAAUGACAUGUUAAUGAAAAUAAGCCCUUUUUAAUAAUGUCCCUGUUUGCAAGAGUCUGAUUUUUUAAGUGUAUUAAUACCUUUGUAAUCUCUUCUAAAGUCACUGUAAGGAAAUGAAAUAAAAGUGUUGAACUCAUUGCGAGAGAAUAGUUUUUAAAAUAAACCUCAAUUUGUAAG